AUGAAUUCUCCCUCUGCGAAGGAUGAAAAAUGCCUGUUUUGUGGCAAAACGGAGAAUGAGUCUGUGGACAUCAAUUGGGUCCAGUGUCAUGAGUGCAAGCGCUGGGCUCACUUCUCCUGCGCUGGUCAGAAUGUCAACAAAAUCGACUGGUAUUGCCCACAGUGCGCGCGGCAUGACGUUCAAAAAUUGAAGGUUCCGGAACCCGUUACGAAGAAGAAGCCUGCGAAGAAGUCCGGCUCGAAAAGCGAUGCAGGAUCUGAUCAAGGAGCUGGUUCCGUCAUGGAUUUGACUGAGCAGCAGUCUGGAGAGGAACAGCUGUUGAAGGAGACCUUUGCGAAGCAGAUGGAGGCGCGGAAGAUACAACUCGCUAUGAAGAAAGCUUUGUUCGAGCAGCAGAUGAAGCAGGAACGGGAAAUGCGCGAGAUUGAGCUGCAGUUCCAGCGUGAAGUCGAGAGACAGCAGCUAGAGUUCGAGCAGAAAAUGCUAGAUGGUCAACUCGUGGCGGAACGCGAUUUUUUGAAGAAACGGGAUGCUAUUCGUAGAAAAAUGGAGAAUAGUAUCCAUCGAGUCAGCGUGCUGAAAGAGCAAGAAGGCGCAGUUGGGGGCAAAAUCGAUGAUGCUCCAGAGGACAAACCGAAGCAAAAGGUUAAGCAGUGGCUGCAGCAGCAAGAACAAGGUGAUUCAGGGUCCACAACCAAGGAUCCCCGAGGUGCUUUCCCGAAAGGAGGACCACAGCGCGACGAUAGAGAUGAUAGGCUUCCGGUCCUGCCAAAGAAACAAGAAGUUCACGAUAAGAUCGAGGAUACUGAGAACGAAGAGGGAGACAGCGAUAGCGAAGAUAAUGAGAAACCGAUUAAAAAUGCUAGGGAAGAAGAAGAUAGGCUUGGGCGCAGGGUUAACCGGAUUUCAAAGGAUCAGUUGGCAGCCCGGAAAGCGGUGUCACACAGUCUUCCAAAGUUUAGGGGGGAACCUGAAGUCUGGCCACUGUUUAUUAGUAGUUUUGAGUACACGACAGAGGCCUGUGGGUUUUCGAAUUUGGAAAAUCUGAAACGGUUACAGGACUGCUUGAUUGGUGACGCGUUGGAGGCGCUGCUCAAGACCCUCUUGGUGAAGGUGAGGAAUGCACCAGCUCCGAGAGUGGAUCGGCUGGAAAGUUUUAUCCAUUUUGGGAUUACGGUCAAGCAGUUGUGCGACCAUCUCGAGACUGCUCGUCUCCACGAACACCUUAAUAACCCGAUGCUUGUGCAGGAGUUGGUCGAUAAACUGCCCCCAAGCUACAAAUUGGAUUGGGUCCGGUUUAAACGCAACAAGGUGGAGAGUCCACUGCGAAUGUUCACGAACUUUACGAACGAUAUCGUCUCCGACGUGUCUGAAGUUACGGAGUUUGCUACGUUGUCAGUGCACGAACACCUGCAGUCCGGGAAAGGAAAUCCCAAGAAGAAAGAAUUCGUACAUGUGCAUGAAUUAGACCAGAACCGAAAUGAAGCAUUUCGAAGCGCAGUCAGCAAGGCUUGCUGGAUUUGUAAACGGUCGGACCAUCUCAUCAAGUUCUGCGAGGAGUUCAGACGAAUGAAUAUUGCGCAGCGAUUGAGGGAAGUCGAGAGGCAGAAACUGUGUCGACCCUGCCUGAACAGACACGGUAAUGGGCGAUGCUUUUCGAAGAUCCGAUGCACGAUUCGAAACUGCCAGGGGAACCAUCAUCCUCUGCUACACCGUGUUGAGGAAUCUGUACAGUUGCAGAAAGCGGAGUGCAACGCGCUUAAGGACACGGAGUGUUCAGUAAUUUUCCGCCAGAUACAGGUAACGCUAUAUGUUGGGAAUCGGCAGUUCGACACUGUGGCGUUUUUGGAUGAAGGGUCAUCUGCUACGUUGGUGGAUGCUGCGGUAGCCAAGCUGCUGAGGGCGCAGGGCGCUGUGGAGCCUCUGAUUGUAACUUGGACUGGCAAUAUUAAUCGCUUUGAGAAUGGCUCAAGAAAGGUUGAACUGAUGAUAUCAGCGAAGGGUUCACGAGAAAGGUUUCCACUGUUCAACACUAGAACGGUGUUGGAACUACAGUUGCCAAAGCAGAAUGUACGAAUUGCGGAAGUGGCAAAACAGUAUCAGCAUCUGGCUGGCGUACCGGUACCGGAUUCUGAUUGGCCUAGCGAACCGAUAGCAGUUCGGUCAAAACUCGGAUGGACGAUUUAUGGUUUGGAGAAGCGGAAACCCAGUAUUCACACGUAUUUGAAUCUGCAUUCCGUCACAACAGUGAGCAACCAAGAACUACACGACGCUAUUCGAGAGCAGUAUGCGAUGGAAGAAGCAGCGGUUACAUUGUACGCCAUGCCAGAGCCAGCUGACGAGAAACGCGCUUGCGAAAUCCUAGAAGCUACCACAAAACGGGUAAGCGAUCGUUUCGAAACGGGGCUGAUAUGGCGAAGAGAUGAGCGGAAGUUUCCCGACAGCUACCCAAUGGCUGUUCGGAGGAUGAAGUCCCUCGAUCGGAAAUUAGAAAGAAAUCCAGAACUAAAGCGAAACGUGUGCCAGCAGAUCGAGGAUUAUCAAGUUAAGGGUUAUGCUCACAAAAUAACAGCGGCAGAAAUGAGAGAUACUUCUUGUUCAGCGGUGUGGUAUCUGCCGAUGAACGCGGUGGUCAAUCCGAGGAAACCCGGCAAAGUGCGUCUGGUUUGGGACGCGGCUGCGUCUGUCGGAGGUGUGUCACUGAACUCCGAAUUACUGAAGGGGCCGGACUUGUUAGUGCCCCUACCGAAAGUGUUAUGUUGUUUUCGAGAAGGCCCGGUUGCUUUCGGGGGAGACAUCCAAGAAAUGUUCCACCAAAUGAAAAUUCGAGCUAUGGAUAAACAAGCGCUUCGAUUUCUGUUUGGAACCGACGAUUCAGGGGCACCACAAGUGUACGUUAUGGACGUAGCAACCUUUAGCGCCACGUGCUCCCCCUGUUCGGCGCAGUUUGUGAAGAACCUAAAUGCAGAACAAUUUGCUGAGCAGUUCCCGGAGGCAGCGGCAGCAAUUACAAAAAAGCACUAUGUGGAUGACUAUUACGACAGCGCAGACACCAUCGAGGAGGCGAUCCAAAGAGCCGAAGAAGUGAAAUACAUCCAUUCACGGGCAGGUUUCCACAUAUGA